AUGUCCCCACACACUCUGUACUCCCUUAGCGCCCGCAUCUUCUGGCAUCUACUCCGCAUUUUCCUGUCUUUCUCACUGAUACUGCUGGACAACACCAUCCUCCUCUUCACCAGCAGUAUAGCUCACCUGCUACCAGCCCAGCCACACAAGAGCUCACAAGAUGUACACUUCUACCCAAAAACCAUACUAAUCACCGGUGUCGGCACAGCGCCGGGCCUGGCGCUGGCCCGCGCCUGGCACGCAGCGGGCCACCGCGUUGUGGGGGCCGACGUCGCGGACCUGGACCUGCCCGUGCGCUCGGGCGGCGGCAUGUCGCGCACCCUGCUUGUGUUCUACCGUAUCCCCAAGGGCCAUUAUAUCUCGCGCCUGCUGGAUAUCAUCCAUCGCGAGAAAGUAGAUGUGUGGAUCCCUUGUUCUCCCAAGGUGACCCCCAUUGAGGAUGCGACCGCCCGCCAGGUCGUGGAGAGUCGGACGAGCUGCAAGUGCAUUGCUUUCGGUACGGAGCUGACGGCUUGCCUCUUGCACCCGGACUCGUUCCGGCAUUAUCUCAUGGACAAGGGCUUGCCCGUACUCGAGCGGCAUCAGGUCCAGUCGCGGGAUUCCAUCCACAAGAUCCUGAACCGAUCGCCGACGAAGUCCUACCAGAUGCGACGCCUCAACUCAACAGCUGACGAGGGCGCGGUGAACCUGCCGAAACGCACGAUGAGUAUGACGUACUCGGAUGUGAGCGAGAUCGAAGUCACCAAGGACCGGCCGUGGGUCCUGCAGCAGCAGACUCGCCUCGGCGAGUUCUUUGCCGACAUCCUGGUCGUGCGUGGCCAUGUCCACGCCAUCAAAGUCCGACUGGUGGAUAGUCGCGCAUCUCAGUGGGGUGCGUCGCGUCUGGACGAGGCGCUGGCAGUUGCCAUCCACAAGCUGAUGCAGAGCUUUGCGGCAAAAGCUGGCGCCCGCAUGACGGGCCAUGUAUCGGUGAGACUCCUGGUGGACCAAGAGUUCGACGCACACUCCAUCCGGCACUCCAUCCACAUUGCAGGAUGCACUCCCGGCGCCGAGGCAGUUGCGAACCUGCUGCGCGAUGCUCCCUGUCCGAUCGCCGGCUAUCUGGCCGCGAUAUCUCCAGACGCGGUACCUGCGCAAGUUUCAGCAGCAUUGUCGCCGCCUACUCCGCAGUUUGUCUCGAGAAUUGCUCCGUAUAUCCCGGCGCACAAGCAUCUCCGGUUUCUUCGUCCUCUUAUACCACUCUUGGAAAAGCUGUACACCGAGGUCUCCCCGUUCAUCUUCUGGGAGAAUCCUCUCUUCGCACGCCAGGACCCUCUGCCCUGGUGGUGGCAUGUCCAUGUCUACCAGCCCAUGCGAGAGAUAUGGCUGCUCAUGAAGCAGACCCGGGAGGCUGGCCUAACCGAAUGA